AGAUCAAAGUCAAAUUCAGUUGCUUGAAUAAAUCGAAUGUGAAAAGAUAAUAAAAGCGGUUAAACUUUAGUUGGUUAGUAAAAGCAAGUAAAAGUUGAUUUCAAAACGCCUUGUUGCAACAAAAACAAAUAUUAUGUGCAAAUCGAAGUGAUAAAUUCAUAUUUAUGUGCGAAGAGAGUGAUUUGUAUUUGAUAACUUGAAAAAUAAUAUAUGUACAUAAAGAAGCGAGAUUGGCAAAGGAAUCAGAAAAGGAAGAUUAUUUAGCUCAAUGCUGGUGCAUCCUUUAAGCGUUGUGGCGUUGUGUGUUUGGUUUAUUUUAAUUUGACUUAAACUUGUGUAAGAACAUACAAUAUGUAACACAUUUAUAAACGAGAAUUGUGUGAGAUGUUCAAAUUAAAACAUUUCGAUUUAAAAUUCCAAUUCCCAUAUACAAAUCUAAUUUGCUUCAUGAGAAAUUGAAUUAAUUAAUGCUACUUAUGUGUUACAGCAUGCCUGUGUUUCGUUGUAAUCGACUCAUUAUAAAAUCAACCUGAAGUCAUAAGAGACAACUUGCUACUUGAGUUGCUGUGAUAAUUGUCUUAUAAACGUAGAAAUACAAACGCACGUUUGUUUGAGUGUGUGUAUGCUGCGCUGCAUUCGCAAAAGAAAGUGAAUUGGAAGUGUUUUUAGUGGUGCUUCUUGGCUGAGCACAAAUUGUGACGAAAGAAACAGUGAAACAAAGGCUGUUGUGAAAAGCAAAACAAAAAUACAUAAAAUAAAAGUAAAAACAAACGUCAGGGCCGUCUUCCAUCGACGCAAAACAUACAGGCCUUCGCAGGCGCAGCGCAAAUGGCAGGCAGUAGACAUAUACAACAACAAACCAAACAUACAUAUUAACAAAUAAAUAAAUUUAUAAUAUAAAUUUUAAGCGGGGUGUGCGCACAAUCGGAGGCUGCGUAUGGUGUUGUUUAAUUUUUGACAGCACUGCGCUAAAUUGAGUGAAAUAUGAAAAUUGACAUGUUUUCGUUUUAUAAAUAAAACCAAUUAGAUGUCAGCAUUUCAUAUGAAACAGGCGCGGAAUUUGAAGAAUUCGUACAGACAAAUUUUGUUUUCAUAAAUUUCUUUAACAUUUUCUCUUCUCACGCAGUUGAGUUUUUUCAAAAAUAAAUGCAUAAUACAAUACUCGAAUUCGAUUAAACAUUCCAACAUACAAAUGCAUAUUCGUGCAUAUUCAAAGAAUACACUAAUUCACAAAUAAAAAAUGAAUGCGACCUUGAACUUUAACGCGAUUACAUCGAGUAGGCGUCCGCAAUGGUCACUGCAUCAAAGCAGCAAAAACAACAAAGCCACAUACUACGGCUUACCACAAGUUGCCACACACACGACAACAGUGGCGACAUCCUCCCGAUAUAAUGCUACCAGCGAAAGUGAUAAUGAAGAAAGUACGGAGACUGUUUACGAGCGCACUAAAGAUUCCUACACUUGUAAGAGUACACCCACACGUGCGCCGGCGAACUUCUACGACGAAGAUCGUCUACUACUAGAGAGCGCCUACCAGUCCAGCGUCAACUAUAAUGAAUUUCCACCAAAGUCAUUGCAUAAAAGUAACAGUUAUAGCGGUAGCAUACGCCCCAAAACGAUUGUGCUCAAACAGAAUUAUCCAAAUGGACGCAUUGCUACCAGUCUGACGGACGAUGAAAUUGUCAGCAGCAGUUAUCGUGGCACAGCGUAUGCAGCGACCUCACCCAGCCUCGAACUCACCUCCAACACACUCAACAACUAUGAUAACGAUGCAAACGUCGAUCUCAGCGAUGAGCAUGAUCUACUUAUGCCACAAACCGCUAACGCCUUCGGCGGUGUUGACGGCAAUUACAGCAGCGGCGCAAACGGUGCACGUCGCAAUACACGCGGUGCCAUGAAGACGCGCAACCGCAUGUGUUGCAGUCGCAAAAUCUUCAUUGGUUUCGUGUUGUUGCUCUUCGCAAUUGCCGCGUUUUUGUGUUUCGCCUACCUGACGCGCGAUUACACCAAACAGUUUCUGCUCUGGAUCGAAUUGCAAAAUCCAUGGAUUAUAGUAUCGAUACUGUUAGUUUCAUUCAUGGUGGUCAGCUUUCCGAUAAUUGUGGGUUACUUUGUGUUGAUGCUUACUUCCGGCUACAUUUUUGGCGCCAUAAAGGGCAUACUCAUCAUUAUAGUGGGCGCCAAUGUGGGUAUAGCCAUUGUGCAUUGGACUGUACGAAGUUUCCGACAUCGCAUACCAAUUCAUAAAAUAAUUAAAAAUGAGACUGCUCGUGCUAUCUUGCGCGUAAUUUCGGGACCAAAAGCAUUCAGAGUCGUGCUCUUCACACGCUUAACACCCAUUCCAUUUGGUUUGCAAAAUAUGAUUUUUGCGGUCAGUACAAUAAACCCAAGUGUCUAUCAUACGGCCUCACUCAUAGGUCUGCUGCCGGCGCAAGUCAUCAAUGCCUAUUUGGGCUCAACGUUGAGAUCAAUGCAGGAGGUGCUGAGCAAUCAUGGAACGGCGGUGACGGGAUACAUUAGUUUUGGUUUAGAGGUCAUUUGCGGUGUGGCGCUCAUGGUUUGGGUAAUACAAAAGGCGCGUAAGGAGUUGGCUCAAACUCUACUCUCCGAAACCAGCAACGAUGGCAAACGUGUUGAAAUCGAUGUGUGAUUCUUGUACACUUGCAAGCACAAACCGCGUACAUCUCCUAGUGAAGGCGUCGAGCAGUACUCACAUGCAAUAGUGAAUAAACUUGAAAUGCUCAAAUAAAGCUCGAAAACCAAAAUGGUUGGCUAUUGCCAGCUUGUGGGUAUGACUAUUACAUACUUCCAGAAAACGUUUGUUGAAAACGUUAAACGCUCACUAUUAUAUGCAUACAUACAAAUGAAAGACUAUUUUAUAGAAAAAAAAAAUUGCUCUCUUGUGUUUCAAAAUGAAUGUAUAAUUUUCGUUUUUAGUUCGUGAAAACAUUCUUAUAAAAAAUUGUUAUAUUGUAUAAAAACGAUAAUUAGAAAUAAACAAAUAAAUAUAUAUAUACAUAUAUAUUUUGUAUAUUUAAAAGUAAAGCCAAAUUAAUGUAGCGCGUAAUAUUAUAAAAAAAAUUUUAGAUAAGGCAACUUGGUUUUGCAUAUUUAUUUUUGCAUUAAAGACAAGUAUUAGCGUAAUUAUUAUAUUUAUAUUUAAAUAUUUAUAUAUUUUGUUCUGUAUAAAUAUGCUGCAAAACUUCUACAUUGAUUGUCAUUUUUACAAUCAAUUUCGUAUUUAAAAAGUAUAAUUAGCAUUUAAAUAAAUUUUCUAUUUCGUAUACAUAUUGUAAUACUAUUUUUGUAUGUGAAAAACUAUCGCACUCGCUUCUAAGCUAGCUCUAAAGUACAGUCUGAGUUUAUAAAAAAAAAAAGUUUAUGAAAAAAAACAAAGAAACUGUGCCUAUUACUUAUGAUAAACAGUAAAAUAUAUAAUUUUCGCAUUUUCUUGUAUUUCAAAAAACAGUUAAAAAUACUAUUUUCUGUAAUUGCUUGUAAUUGCAUUUUUGUUCUAAUUUAUUUAACUGUUUUCUUAGCUGCCAAAAUUUAAACGUGAUCAUAAUUUCAGCUGCAUAUCAACCUACAUAUGUAUCUGUACUAUAUGUGUAAAUAUGUAAGAUGAAUAGUUAAAAAUUAACAUUUAUAUAUGGAAAGUGUUUAGUCAUGGUCGAAGCUGUUGUUAGAUUUAUAAAGCAAUUUUGUAAUGGUAUUUACAGUUAUUCGAAUGUAACGGUUUUAUAUGCUAAGUUGUAGAAUUGUUAGAAAUAAAUGUGAAAUCUUGUCAGCCUAAUAAACGUAUGUAUUUCUUUAACAACAA